AAGAAAGAACAACAAAAAGAUAUCAUUAUUAUCGUCUCUUUUUUUAUCAUCUCAUCCAGAGGGACGACUCGUGACCAGCGAUGAGUAUCGUGCGCCGUCCAAAACCCUAGAGAGAGGCAGAGAGAGUGGGGGCUCCAAAAACUGAGAGAAACAGGAAAAAAAAUAAAAAUAAAAAAUUUAAAUCCACAGUUAUCUACCCAUUUCCUCCUCAAAGCUCUGAGACCAGCGUCAAGAGGGUAUCGCUACGCCAUAAUACAAAGCCUUUUUUUUCUUCAAGUUGGAAUCCUCUACUCUGAACACGACUGCUUGAAGAUGGAAGUUCAAAAUCUUGAACAUGGCAAUAUAAUUGAAAUUCAUGGAGAUGUGCCAACUGUAGAAACGAGCCUAAGCAGAAGUAAGAUAUGUGAGGGAGCAACAUGUGGAUUCUCAGAUGCUAAAACAAUUUCCAAGGAUGACAAAGAGCGUGCAGCAUCCAUGAAGAAACUUUUGAUAGCAGUUGUACUGUGUAUCAUUUUCAUGAGUGUUGAAGUUGCUGGAGGUAUUAAAGCCAACAGUCUUGCAAUUUUAACGGAUGCAGCUCAUCUGUUGUCAGAUGUUGCUGCCUUUGCUAUCUCUUUGUUCUCGCUUUGGGCAGCAGGAUGGGAAGCGACUCCACGUCAAUCUUAUGGUUUCUUCAGGAUUGAGAUACUUGGUGCACUGGUUUCCAUCCAGAUGAUAUGGCUUCUUGCUGGGAUCCUCGUAUAUGAAGCUGUUGCAAGAAUUAUCCAUGAUACAGGUGAAGUCCAGGGCUUUCUUAUGUUUAUUGUUGCUGCCUUUGGUCUAGUUGUUAAUGUUGUUAUGGCUCUCCUUCUCGGUCAUGAUCAUGCUCAUGGGCAUGGUGGACAUGAUCACGGGCAUGGUGGGCACGAUCAUGGGCAUGGUGGACAUGAUCAUGGACAUAGCAAUGAGGAUCAUAAUAACAGGCACCGGUAUGGGAUAAAAAUUACCACACAUGAUCACCAUCAUGAGGAAAAUUUCCAACACAGUGAUGACCACCAUCAUGCUCAUGAAGCUGGUCUCAUGGCACCUCUGCUUGAGGGUUCUUCUGAGGGUGAACAUAAGGUGAAGGGUGGAGUUAAGCAAAAGACACAGCGGAAUAUCAAUGUACAGGGGGCGUAUCUUCAUGUACUUGGGGAUUCCAUCCAGAGCAUUGGUGUAAUGAUUGGUGGUGCAAUCAUCUGGUAUAAACCUGAGUGGAAGAUUAUUGACCUGAUAUGCACUCUCAUAUUCUCAGCAAUUGUUCUGGGCACAACAAUCAGGAUGCUGCGGAACAUUCUGGAGGUUCUGAUGGAGAGCACACCGAGAGAGAUUGAUGCAACAAGGCUUGAGAAAGGUCUCUGUGAGAUGGAUGAGGUAGUUGCAAUUCAUGAAUUGCACAUCUGGGCCAUAACUGUAGGGAAGGUGUUAUUAGCUUGCCAUGUCAAAAUAAAGCCGGAAGCUGAUGCUGACAUGGUGCUAGACAAAGUUAUAGACUACAUCAGAAGGGAGUAUAACAUCAGCCAUGUGACCAUUCAGAUAGAGCGUGAGUAGAUGCUUAGAUGGGUAUGACUGCUCAUAGGUAUGGCUGUGUGCUUCCAGGGAGGGGAAAGCGAGAGGGGGGUUGGGGAUGUCUCUUUUUAAACCUUCUAAUUCUUUUUAAGAGUAAAUAUAAUUUCAGCUGGUAAGUCAUUACUGUGGACUUAUGUCCCUUUUGAUUUUCAAUUUAAAUUUUGUCUUAUCUA